AUGUGUAGUCAAAAGAAGCCCAAAUUCUUGUUUUUAUGUGAGACACUUUGUAAAAAAGAUUUGGUAGAGCGUUUGAGGGUCAAACUUGGGUUUGAAGGUAGUUUUUCAGUCGAUGCUUCCGGAAGGAAAGGCGGCUUGGCUCUAUUUUGGAAAAUUUAUGAAGAAGCUAAUCUACUCAGUUUUUCACCAAAUCAUAUUGAUGUUGAAGUUCGUAUAAGGGGCAUGUCGACAUGGCGCCUAACUGGCUUCUACGGUGAACCAAACAGAAGACAACGGGAUCAAACAUGGACUCUUCUUCGUUCAUUGCACAGCGAGUCGUCUCUCCCAUGGUGUAUCAUCGAUGAUUUUAAUAAUAUUUCAACCCACUCUGACAAGAGAGGCGGGCAUCUAUACCCAACUUCUCUUAUUGAUGGUUUCCAGUCGGUUAUUGAUGAUUGCAACCUUAUUGAUCUAGACCUUCGCGGCUAUCCUUUCACCUGGGAUCGUGGACGAGGUACAGGCCAUUGUGUAGAAAUUCGUCUCGAUAAAGCAAUUUUCUCUCUUAGUUGGUUAGACACUUUUACUGAAGCUACUCUCACCAACAUUGGUUUUUCUAAUUCCGAUCAUACUCCCAUCAUUUUACAACCUGAUUCCCAUCAUAGUACUAUCACUGCUCCUCAUUUUCGUUAUGAGAACGUGUGGGAUAAUUUGACAAAGUGGGGUUCGGAUCUCACUGGUAAUUUCAAGGGUCGUAUUUCUACCAAUAAAAAGAAAAUGGCACAACUGAAGCAGCACCACAAUUUUCCCUUGAAAGUUGAAUGCUCUGUAACCAAUGCUCAAAAUGAAGAACUUUUGAAACCAAUUGCCGAAGAAGAAAUCAAAACUGCCCUAUUCCAGAUGCAUCCAGACAAAGCACCUGGCCCUGAUGUGAGAGCAUAUUUGGUUAAGCUUGUUACUAAUUUCUUUGAUACCGGCUGUUUUCCGCGGGAGUUGAAUGAAACAAACUUGGUUUUGAUCCCUAAGAAGAAGAAUUUCACCUCCAUGGGUGAUCUACGACCAAUUGCUCUUUGUAAUGUUGCUUAUAAGGUGCUUUCAAAAGUUAUUGCUAACCUGAUGCAUUAUCUUAAGAGGAAGACGAAAGGCAAAAAAGAUUUUAUGGCUCUCAAGCUAGAUAUGAGCAAGGCCUAUGACCGUGUGGAGUGGGAUUAUCUUAGGUUCGUUAUGGCUUGUAUGAGUUUCGCCGAGAGGUGGAUUAAUCUAAUUAUGGCAUGUGUCUUUUCGUCAAUUAUACUGUUAUUCAUGGAAGCCAUACUAUGGGUCCUAUCAUUCCUUCGAGAGGUGGCUCAUGGGGCACCACCCAUCACUCAUAUGUUCUUUACAGACAAUAGCUAUUUGUUUUGUCAAUCAACUACUAGUGUUGCCGGCAAUGUCUCAAACUUGCUCAAUCAAUUUGAAACUACAUCUGGACAAAAGGUGAACUUUUCUAAGUCUACGGUGUUCUUCAGUCCUAAUACGUGUCUUGCAACCAGUGUCCAGAUUUUUGAUAUUCUCCAUAUGCCCGAAGCCUCUGACAGAAGCCUCUAUCUGGGACUUCCAAACAUUAUUAGGAGAAACAAAAAUGUUGUACUAGGAUUUCUGAAGACCAAGGUAAUUGCAAGAAUUAAUAGUUGGGAUGGAAGACUUCUUUCUCGUGCCGGCAAAGAAAUUCUCUUCAAAACUGUUGUUCAGUCGCUCCCCACAUAUGCUAUGAGUGUUUUCCUCCUUCCACUUGGUACAUGUAAUGAAAUUGAAAAACUUAUGGCCUGGUUUUGGUGGAAGUCAUCUUCUAGUAAAGGGAAAUGUAUUAUUUGGAGGUCUUGGGAUCGUAUGGCUGCUCAUAAAUACGAUGGUGGCAUGGGUUUUCGGCACUUGCAUGAUUUCAAUAUUCCCAUGCUCGCUAAACAAGGUUGGCGUCUACUUUGCAAUCUAGAUACUCUUGUUGGAAAAGUCUAUAAAGCUAGAUACUUUCCCCACUCUGAUUUCUUGUCAGUAGAACUAGGAAGUAACCCAAGCUUUGUUUGGAGAGGUAUUUGGACUACCCAAUAUCUACUCCAUUCGGGUGUCAGAAGAAUAAUCGAAUCAGGAGACACAGUAAGCAUAUUAAACCACCCGUGGCUACCUGUACAAGAUAACCCAUAUGUUUCAACAAUACACCCUGGUUUAAUGAACCAACAUGUUAGAUCCCUUUUUCAUGUGCAUAGCCGCUCUUAG